AUGACGGCACUCGCACCCCUCCCAACGCCCGCAACCAGCGCACAGCCAGCGCCGACGAACGACGUGAACCUCUCCUCGCUCGAAGAGGCCCUGCGCACGACGCUAGCAGACGCGACAGACCGCACGAAAGACGAGCUGCGUCGACUCACUUCGUACCGCGCUCCGGCUGCUACCAUCGAGUACCCCAAACCCAAACUCGCCGCCGUCCUCCUCCUCCUCCACCUGAACCCGCGAGGCGAACUCAGCGUGACCCUCACGACGCGCUCGAAGAAGCUGAGGAGUCAUCCGGGCGAGACGGCGUUGCCUGGCGGGAGAUGGGAGGAGGGAGACGGAGAGGGGGGAGUGUGGACUGCGCUGAGGGAAGCAAACGAAGAGAUUGGUCUCCCCCUCCCUCCUCGCUCUUCCGUCCCUUCCUUCCCCUCAACCUGCCCAUCCUCCUCCUCGUCGUCGACAGAAGGGACGCCCCCACACCUCCUCUACCUCACCACCCUCCCAGCCUUCACAUCCCGCACACUUCUCGUCGUCCUCCCCGUCGUGUACCUCUUGCUCGAACCGCCCUCGAGCGCGGACAAGUGGUUGGAUGAGACGCUAAGGGUGAACGAGGACGAAGUAGAUGCGGUGUUCCAUCUUCCGCUCAGGAGCUUCCUCAUGCGCGACCCUCCUUCCUCCGACAAGUCCAAUCCGCACCAAACUCGCUCCCGCCCUCCGCCCGGCACCGAGUUCCUCCAACAUUCCUCUCAAGACUUCACCUGGCUCCUCUCCCUUCCCUACCGCCUCCACUCUUUCUCCCACCCCCAUCCACUCGUCACACCGAGCGCAGUAACGGGGUUGACGGCGGAUAUCGUGCUCGAAACCGCGAUUAGCGCUGCGCCUCCGGGACCAGGGGAGGAAGAAGUUGGGUUUGAGAGAAGCGCGGAGGGACAGAUGACGUGGAGUGAGAUUGUGAGGGAGGCGGUGAGGAUUCAUGAGGAGGAGGAGGGAGGAGCGGGAAAGGGGGAGAGGGUGUUGGGAGGAAGAGUUGGGAGGAGGGAGGGGGAUGAGAGGACUAGUGCGACUUAG